AUGAAAGAUAAAAUCUUUUUUGCCAAAAACAAAGCUCCGAAAAAUGCUAAUAACCGCCGUGGAAGACUCAUUAUUCGAAAUCUUCCGUUUACUACAAAUGAAGAACAAUUAAAAGAACAUUUUUCUAAAUUUGGUGAAAUAAAUGAUAUUAAACUUCUACGAAAACCUGAUGGAAAACUUAUUGGUUGUGGUUUUGUACAAUUUAUUGUUAAACAAAAUGCUGCUAAAGCAAUUGCCCAUACCAGUGGUAAAGAUUUUGGUGGUCGAUCUAUUGUUGUUGAUUGGGCCAUACCAAAAAAUAAGUACGAAACUAUUCAUACCACUAAAGAAAAAGAAGAAAAUAUCUCAAUCAAAGAAGAAAAUGUUGAAGCUAUUGUUGAAGAUCAAGAAGAAAUUAAAGAAGUUUUAUCUGAUGAUCAGAACAAUAUAGAAAAAUCUAAAACUGUUGAAGAUUAUCUUACUCUUGACACAAUAAAAGAGGAAUGUGACAACAAUUUUGUAGAUUUUGAGACUACAGAUAACGAAAAUGAUGUUAAAAGAAAAAGAGAAGACAAUGAUGAGAAUGAAUCUGUAAUUUCUACAGCAAAUAAAAAACGUUUUAAAUCUCACGACGUUAAAGAAGGUUUAACAGUUUUUUUUAAAAAUGUUUCAUUUAGUGUUAACAAUGAUGAAUUGAAGCGAUUUGUAAAAGAACGUUUUGGACCAAUUUACUAUGCACUUGUUUGUGUAGAUCGUUUAACAGAACAUUCUAAAGGAACAGCAUUUGUGAAAUUCAGAGAUUCUAGCAGUGUGGAAGCUUGUAUGUCUAGUUCUCCCGAAGACCUAACUCUUAAUGGAUCUACAAUGGAACCGCAAAUGGCAAUCGAUAAAGAAGUUCUAGAUAAAAAUAAAGACGAUAAAGUUAUUCAUAAGGAUAAUAGAAAUUUGUAUUUAAUCAAAGAAGGAGUUAUAAUUGCCGGAACAGCAGCUGCAAAUGGUGUAUCUGUUCAUGAUAUGAACAAAAGACUUGAGUUAGAGCAAUGGAAAUCUCAAGUUCUUAAAAAUUUAAAUAUGUUUGUGGCUCGUAAUCGACUUAUUAUCCACAACUUGCCAGCAAACAUGGAUAACAAAAACUUAAAAGAUUUAUUUACAAAAUAUACUCGUCCUAAUGCAGUAUUGAAAGUAGUUGUUAUGAGAAAUUUAAAAAAAGUUGAUCCCAAAGGAGUACCAAUUUCAAAAGAAUAUGCUUUUGUUACAUUUAAACAACAUGAAGAUGCUUUAAAAGCACUCAGAUCCAUCAAUAACAAUCCAAACAUUUUUAAUUCAAAUAAAAGACCAAUAGUAGCAUUUUCUAUUGAAAAUAGGCUUGUUUUACAAGCUAGACAACGUAGAAUAGACAAGAGUAAAACCAGCAAUCCAUUAUUUAAUAAACAACAACCAAAUACUUCAUCAACUGUUGAUAAUAAAAAUAAGAAAUUUAAUACAGAAAACAAUAACAAAAACAAUAGAUCUACCGCAUUAUCAAAAAAAAAAACAGCAGAUCUCCCUGAAUAUACUGGUAUAACAGCUAAAGAGGGGCACAUGGCAAUUCGAUCAAAGUUUAAACUUAAGAUUCAAUCAGAAGCUCAUCAGAAGAAUGUCAAAACCAAGAAGAAAUUAACAAUGAAAAAGAAACGUGACUUAGCUAUCAGAAACGAGAAGAAAAGAGAACCAAAAGUAAAAAGUAAAAAGAAGAAUACAAAAAAUGAUGCAUCGUUUUCAAAAUUAGUUAACAAAUAUAAGAAUAAAAUUUCAGCUCCAGAAACAAUGAAAAAAUGGUAUGAAGCAUAACUAUGAGAAUUUAGUGUAUUUUCUGUUGGAUAUUUGUAUAUUAAUAUAUUUCUCUUUAAAUGGA